AUGGAUCCGGAUCGAUUGCAAGAAGCACUAAGAAGAGUGCGUCGCGCGUGGGACGAACUGCCACGUGAAGAAUUUGAACGAGCAUUGGACAAUGCCUAUCUUCGUAUGAACUUGCGUCAACAAUACAUUCCAAAUCGCUACAUUAAUCCGCAAAUGCUUAAUGUCGGAAGCCAUGGAGUGAUUUGUUCAGUGCGCGACGUGUUCAAUCCCAAUCUGAAGCUAGUGGCGAAAAUGCACUGGAAUCUCCACAAUCUUGAUCGAGAAAAGACCAAUUAUAGCAACCUGCAAGCAUUAUCAGGAUUUGCCUUUUUCCUAGACGCGUUCAUUAUGCCACUUCAAAACGCAAUUAUGCUAGGAGAUCGUUUCGGAUACAUGAACGUUUUCCAGUACGUCGGAGAGUCACUGCUGAAAAUUGUACAGCGAAGUUUGCCUAUUAAUCAGAGAAAUGUUGUCACUCUGGGCUACAAACUUUUCCUGAUUAUUGAAUCAAUGCACGCGGCUCGACUUGUCCACAGAAGUAUUAAAUUGAACCAUGUCACACUACAAAGACUGCCUAAUGAUAAAUUGAGCAUGUCGCUGAUUGGACUUGAUGAGGCUCUCCCACUUGAUCCCUCGCCAAUGGACAAUUUGGACGUGGUGUCUCAAGAUUCUAGUCUAUUCGUUGACGAUGGAAACCCAUACGAGACAUUCGAUGACUUUAUUUCUGGAAUUUAUCUGAUUCUUCGCUUGUCUGGAAUCGAUAUCUUCGAAAAUACUGGUGGCAAUUUCCGGAGAAUUGGCAAUCAGAAGCAACGAUUCCAUCAGAACCCCCAUCAAUUCCUCAACAAUGAGAAUGUUUGGAUUGGAGAUUUAUACAAUGAGAUUCAAAGACAAAAUGUGCACGGAUAUAAUCACAAUCAACUUUUCCAACAUUUCCGCCAAGCCAUUCCAAACUUUAUUCCAAUUGUCAAUCCAGACCUAGAAAUUGAGUAUAUUCUUAUCGGCAAUGAUACUAUUUUCCUUGGUUAG